CUUCCUAUACUUUCAACUUUGUACAAGGUGAAAAUAAAUUUUAUUGAAACUGGAAUUUUAAUAUUCUGAUACUCAAGUUUUGACAAUUUGUCUUGCUAUUGAGGAUGAUGUUUUCACUUGUUUACAGAGCAAUUAAACAAAUCUUAUUUGUUGAAUUUCAACUGUUUUUUCCAUUUUCCAAUUAUAUUCAGUAGAAUUUGAAUUUAAAUUCAUGUAAAGAAAAGAUAAUGAAUCAUAUUAUGAUUACUACUGUCAUUGCUUGGUUACUUUUCUUAUGUUGCUACUAAAAAUGUGCUCUAGUUAAUUAAUUUUACAAAUAUAGUUUAUUUUCAAGGAACUUUCUAGCAUAUUACAUGACUUUUUUCCAACAUGUAUAAUCUGACUUUUUCAACUCUUUAUUUUCUAAAGGCCAUCUUUACGAUACAUGUUAUCAUGAACUACAAAAUUAAACUAAUAGCCAACUUUUCUACAAGAACCUGAUAACUGAAGAACAACUUAAGACUAAUAGUUAAUCUUUUUUUGAUUAUCGAAAUUUUCAGCCUCAGUCUUUUAUGGCUAUAUAGCCAUUUUACGCAUUCUUAAGUAUCACUUAACACUUGAAUGUUCGUGGCUUUAAAACUAUGAGUGAUUUCUAACUAGUAAUUUGUUUAUUCUCACUAAUUUAUUUUACUUACUUUUUAGAGAACGGGUUUUUACUCUGAAAUUACAAUUUGCUGACAUUUAGCUCUUACUCCAUUCUGGUGCCUCACAACAAAGCUUAAUUUCUAGUGUGCCUUUUUUUUUCCAGGUUAAUUUUAUUUGUGGAUCUAUAUGGACCAAAGGUUAAUGGCUUUCUUGUUAAAUUUUUUUAUUUUCCUCUCUUGAUUGCAGUCGAGCAAUUUAUAUAUACAUCAGCUUGCUCUCUUGUCCGCAGGCCUUUAAUUAUUAGCCUACAUUUCAUGUUAUUUUGUCUACGUUUAUAAAUGUGAAGUAUACAGAGUACUUGGUUGUGUGUGUGUGUGUGUGAGUAGAGAGAGCGAGAGAGAGAGAGAGAGGCGAUUGUGAGGUUCUGUAAGCAUGUUGUAGAAUAUUAUGCAGGCAUUAUACACUUUUGACAAUGUAUGUGAAGAGGAAGGUGCUCUACAUGAGUACUAGGGAAGUUUUAGUGAAGGUUUUCAUGUGUUUAUGGUGGUUCUAGUGCUAAUUUACUGGAUGCAGGGACUGUAGAAGUUGGCAGACAUAUUCAUACAUCAUCAAGAAUGGAAAUGGGUGUAAAUCCAAGUCAAACUCUUAGCUCGUGGCUUGAUCUGUCAAUGUGUAGGUGAAUACAGAUAUGCUCUUCUAGGUACUGCUGCUUUUUUUUGGAGGCUCAAUGCGGGUGACAGUGUCCCUCUGUGCCCUCAUGGUUGAAAUAUCGAAUAACUUGAAGUUUCUACCCCUUAUCAUGCUAGUUCUUCUAAUAUCAAAGGCUGUUGGUGAUACAUUCAAUGAUGUCUUAUAUGAAGAGCAAGCUCGGUCAAUGCUGUAUGCUGCAAUCAAGACUGAAAUACCAAGCUCGGUUGUUAGUCUUCCUCUUGUUAUCAAGGUUUCAGAUGCAGUUUCUAUUCUGAAAUGCAACAGACACAAUGGCUUCCCUGUAAGGUGAAUAAGUCUGUGGCUUCAGCAGAUCCAUGAAAAUUAGCCUACUUAUUCUCUUCUGUUGACCUGCCAAUGAGGUGAUAUAUCACACAAGGAGUGGAGAGACACUCGUUAUAGGACUGCUGCAAUCUUUGCUUGCUCGACGCUGCUGCUGCUGCUACUACUACUUGUGGUUGACGCUGUUAUAUUGUAUAUAUGUACUCCUAAGUCCUAACCUC